AUGCUGGUGACCUAUUUGGAAGCCAGCCGGGAACUUUGCGAGACGGAUUCAAUUCUUUUUGGCGCCGCACUGGCAGUAUGCCGUAUUAUUGGCGCCAAACUUCCCGUGGCUGGACGUGCUACUCAAAAAAGUAGCGCUAUCCCAGCCUGGAGAAAAAGAAUUGAGGACCGUAUCGCAAAGGCAAGGGCCCUUAUCGGCAGACUGACAAGCUUCAGGUUGGGUAAUAAUAGACCGAGGAUUAUGCGCACCGUUAGGAUGGCGUUUGCUGGGACUACUAUCAGUUUGUUCCAGCCGGAUAUCACGCAAAAACUAACGGAGCUCAUAGAUGACCUGAAGCAAAAAAUCGCUGCUUGGGGGAAGCGGAUUCGACGAUUUAGCGAGAGGUCAAGGCGGUUCAACCAGAAUCGUCUCUUCCAGAGUGAUCAGAAGAGGCUCUAUAAAUCAUUGGAGCGACCAGAGGUAUGUGGAGCGGGCCCAGGACCGGAUCAGGCUGACACUGUCGCAUUUUGGCGUGGCCUGUGGUCAGAGCCCGUAAACCACAGCGAGGGCCCUUGGAUGGAAGUUGUGGCGAGCCAGAGUGCAAGUGUUACGCCUAUGGACCCCGUCACCAUAACGCCUGAAAACGUGGCUGAGGCGGUCCGUAGGGCCCCGAACUGGAAAAGUCCGGGAGUCGACGGGCUGCAUCAUUACUGGCUGAAGGGUUUCGUGACCGAGUUCGGUACAUUAUGCGCUCGAAAAUAUUUGAUGAUGCCGAACGACUACGACGUGAGGCCAUUCCCUCAUCGAAUGAAUUGGCUACGGCUGGGGACUGGGGAUGCGGCUCCUCAGGCGACAGACCAGCUGCCAUGCAUAGAAGCCGCCAUGGAUCUUCCAGUUGUGGUUGAUUCGGACGAUGAUGAAAUGGUCUCCCACGAACUAGAGCAAAUGAGGUGUAUAUUGGAAGAGACGAUUUUGGAAACGCGCAGCAUGCCUCUCGAAAAUCGACCGCGACUUUCCCGCAUACCCCUAAGCGAGCGAAAUCGGGCUGUGGUGAGGGCUCUUAACCCAAUGCUGGUAACCUAUUUAGAAGCCAGCCGGGACCUUUGCGAGACGGACUUAGUUCUUUUUGGCGCCACAGUGGCAGCUUGCCGUAUUAUUGGCGCCAAACUUCCCUACUAA